AUGGAGGCCUGGAGCUCCUGGAGAUUUCCAUUGGGCGUCGAAGAGGACUGGGUCCGGGACGUGUUCCGAGAGGACCUAGUCGCCGUCGUCUCGGGGGUCGAUCUGGAACCAACCGUUCUCUCAGGUCGAACCGAGGCUCCCCGGAGGCACGCGGCCACUUCCGCAUCGCUACAUCCAUUGAUCACUAUAACCACGGCCCUAUUGACCUGCAACCCAGCCUCCCGGGAGGCGUCCGCGAUCCGCCAUACAUACUCCCUGACGAUUUCCGUAGACUUUCGCCUCCCGAGCCUCCACCCAGAUGACUGGUUCGCUUUCACGGCACCGUCGAGCCCACCAGUCCUGGACGGAAAGUACCCCACAGGAUGUCAGGCGGUCAUCGAAGAUUCGAACGUGCCGUUCCUUCAAGCCGCGCUGUCGCUGUUUGGCAUGGGCCAGUACGCCACGCACCACGCCACUCGUGCUGUGUACGCGACCACUGGCGUCAUGCAGGUGUCUCUGCUGUCGCUUGGCGCCCUGACCUUUGACUCGGAAGACGCGACGUUCAAGAAGAUCAAAAAGUCCAAGGUCAAAGCGGUAGCCACGUUGGGUGCCGUGGCGUUGUCGUUUCUCGGGCUGGGUUGUCUGGUGGAACUUUCCACGGGAUACAGCCAAUUCAUGGGCGCCGUCAUCACAGUUCUAGGCUUUGGUGGCAUCCGAAACUUGGUCCUACCGUACGUUGUGGGCAAAAAUUCCGAGUGCGUGUUCUUCCUCCUCCUUUUCGCUGGCACGUUGCUCGAUGGCUUUGACUCGGCAACGUCACCAGCCAUUGCAGCAGCAGUGGUAGCCAAACACGAGCAUCAGGACGAUCACAACCAUCACGCUGCUGCAUAG